UAGUGUAAUUGCCGCCGAAGAAGGAGGCGGGGUAACCUCCGGUCAGCCGAGAAACCCGGCUAUCCCGCAGCCAUAGCCGGUCAAAAGAUUUGUGAGGUAGUAAAGGGUAGGGAGCUGGACCUGGAGGCGCCGCCGCGACAGCAGCAGCCAUGGAGGACGAAAUGCCUAAGACUCUAUAUGUUGGUAACCUUUCCAGAGAUGUCACAGAAGCUCUAAUUCUCCAGCUCUUUAGCCAGAUUGGACCAUGUAAAAACUGCAAAAUGAUUAUGGAUACAGCUGGAAAUGAUCCAUAUUGUUUUGUGGAGUUUUAUGAGCAUCGUCAUGCAGCUGCAGCGCUAGCUGCUAUGAAUGGGCGGAAGAUAAUGGGUAAGGAAGUCAAAGUGAAUUGGGCAACAACUCCCAGCAGUCAAAAGAAAGACACAAGCAGUAGUACCGUUGUCAGCACACAGCGUUCACAAGAUCAUUUCCAUGUCUUUGUUGGUGAUCUCAGUCCAGAAAUUACAACUGAAGAUAUAAAAGCUGCUUUUGCACCAUUUGGAAGAAUAUCAGAUGCCCGAGUGGUAAAAGACAUGGCGACAGGAAAGUCUAAGGGAUAUGGCUUUGUCUCCUUUUUCAACAAAUGGGAUGCUGAAAACGCCAUUCAACAGAUGGGUGGCCAGUGGCUUGGUGGAAGACAAAUCAGAACUAACUGGGCAACCCGAAAGCCUCCAGCUCCAAAGAGUACAUAUGAGUCAAACACCAAACAGCUAUCAUAUGAUGAGGUCGUAAAUCAGUCUAGUCCAAGCAACUGUACUGUGUACUGUGGAGGCGUCACUUCCGGGCUAACAGAACAACUAAUGCGUCAGACUUUUUCACCAUUUGGACAAAUAAUGGAAAUUCGAGUCUUUCCAGAUAAAGGAUAUUCUUUUGUUCGGUUCAAUUCCCAUGAAAGUGCAGCACAUGCAAUUGUUUCUGUUAAUGGAACUACCAUUGAAGGCCAUGUUGUAAAAUGCUACUGGGGCAAAGAAACUCUUGAUAUGAUAAAUCCUGUGCAACAGCAGAAUCAAAUUGGAUAUCCACAAGCUUAUGGCCAGUGGGGCCAGUGGUAUGGGAAUGCACAACAAAUUGGCCAGUAUAUGCCUAAUGGUUGGCAAGUACCUGCAUAUGGAAUGUAUGGCCAGCCGUGGAACCAGCAAGGAUUUAAGCUGCCAUGGUCUCCACUUAGGGCAGUGGGAAUCUUCGACUGUGGAACGUUGGGCAUGAGCUUUGCCAUUGGCUGGCCGAGGAGGAGGAGGCAGAAUGUCUCCAUUGUUACACCACAGAGUUCAAACUUCAGAAGACUUGAGUUAAACAGUGUUUUUUACUCUGCAAAUUGUUGCGUCUUCACUUGUCUUCUAUGAUCAUCACAAACUAAUGAAACACCUUUUAGGUCUUAUGAAUUCAGGUUAUACUGUUUUCUGGAUAC